AUGGCGCAGUCCUUGAAGGCGAUAUGGGCACAAAUUAUGAAACGGAGAUUCCUAAAAACGGGUCUUCCUUUUAUAGUUCUAGUUGCUGGCGGAUCUUUUUUCUUGAAGGAGUUUACGGGAAUUCGAUACCAGUUCCGUCAGGGAAUGAAGAUGUCCAAAGAAGAGGCUGAAAAACUGGGCAUUAAAUUUGUAAGCUUAGAGGAAGUAGUGAAGGAAAUGGAGCAGAUGGAUGUGGACAACUGGGAAAACAUCCGAGGACCCAGACCUUGGGAAGAUUCAAAGUCUAUGCAGAAUGAACAGAGGGAGAGCCUUAAGAAAAAAAACCUAGUAGAUAACAGAUGA